GCCGUCAUGCACCUCUCGGCGGAAAUGGGCAGCCGCGCGCGCUUGGACCAUCAUCAUCCACACGCGCAUACAUGUGAUCAUCCACGAUUGUACCCCACUCGAUGAUCGCCCUUCUGAAAUCCUCGCACUCACCGCUCACCUCACUUGCUGCUUUCACCGGAUCAGUUCCGCACAGAUUGACCGAACACACCUCUGCCGCCGACCUGUGGGAGUCGUGACGACUCUCUGACAAUCUGCUUUUGCCAACAGGGCGGCGCAUCAUUGCUCACAAGCUGUCAUCGUUGGCGUCGCUGCUUCACCCUUGUUGCAUUCGGUGACGCUCACCCAAGAGUCUGAGCCAAGAUGAUCUCGGCAUACUUCAUCUUCAACCAAAAGGGAGAAGUGCUCAUCUCUCGCCUGUUCAGGUCAGAUCUCAAGAGGAGCAUUGCAGACAUUUUCAGGAUUCAGGUGGUGUCUAAUCCGGAUGUGAGGUCUCCUAUCAUUACACUCGGUAGUACUAGCUUCUUCCAUGUUCGGCAUGAGAACAUCUAUGUCGUUGCUGUCACUAAAUGCAACGCAAAUGCAGCCCUGGUCUUCGAGUUCCUCUACAGAUCCAUCCAGAUUGGUAGAUCCUACUUUGGAAAGUUCGAUGAGGAAGGCAUCAAGAACAACUUUGUGCUGUUCUACGAGCUGCUGGAUGAGAUUCUGGACUUUGGGUACCCGCAGAACAGCGAAACGGACACUUUGAAGAUGUACAUCACAACAGAAGGGGUCAAAUCUGAACAGGCUGUGCGAGAGGACUCUGCAAAGAUCACCAUCCAAGCUACGGGUGCUACGAGCUGGAGAAGGGCAGAUGUCAAGUACCGGAAGAACGAGGCUUUUGUGGAUGUAGUUGAAAAUGUCAAUCUGUUGUUAAGCUCGAAGGGCACUGUGCUGAGGGCAGAUGUGGAUGGCAGAAUAUUGGUCCGAGCGUACCUUUCUGGUACGCCGGAAUGCAAAUUUGGUCUCAAUGACAAGCUCGUGCUGGACAGAGCUGACAAGAGGAGAGGGGCGAGCGGUGGCGCAGCGAGCAGCAGCUUGGGAAGCGAAGCGUCAGAGGUCGAGCUGGACAGCUGUCAGUUUCAUCAAUGCGUCAAGCUGAACAGGUUCGACACUGAUCGGAGCAUCAGCUUCACCCCACCGGACGGAGAAUUUGAGCUCAUGCGAUACCGAUCUACCACAAACGUCAACUUGCCAUUCAAAGUGCAUCCUAUCGUCGAGGAGGUCUCGAAGAGCAGGGUGGAGUACAACAUCAAUGUCAAGGCAAACUUUGACUCAAAGCUGAGCGGGACCAACAUCGUCUUGAGAAUACCCUGCCCGCACAAUACCACCAACGUCAAAUGCGAGGCUCUACUGGGAAAGGCCAAGUACGUGCCCAGCGACGGAAUGAUUGUCUGGAAAAUCCCCAAGAUGCAAGGGAUGACAGAGACGUCUCUUCAAGCGGAUUUGGAGAGGAGCGCCACCACAACUCAGAAGACUUGGUCAAGAGCUCCCAUAGAGGUUGACUUUCAGGUCCUGAUGUUCACCGCGUCUGGACUGCUGGUCAGGUUCCUCAAGGUGUUUGAGAAGGGCAACUAUCAAAGUGUCAAAUGGGUUCGCUAUCUUACAAAAGCGCAGGGCACAUAUUCUAUUCGAUUCUAGGCCGAUCAGCUCUUGCCCCGAAUCACCCUGCCUUUUUGGUGCCCUUCGCGCCUCCGUUUCAUCUUUCCUUGCACGUCUUUGUCCCUCGAUGCAAUCCUUCAUGCUUGUACAAUGUUCUGGAGGGGUUCAACAAGAAGCUUGGCGUCACAGCGUGUUGACCACUUUGACAGAAGUAUGCAGUGCGGGCAGUACGCUGUGCGC